CGCUCAUCUUGGUCUUCAGCUCUUCUCCAACAAUGCGGGACCAAAAUAUUUACAGUCUCGCAAGGGCUCUUCCCCGGAUGAGCUGGGACCGACGCAAUCUGUUCAACCUUUGGCGACGUUCUCAAGGCCGCCUUCAAAAAGAUGCCGUAUUCACAGACACUAACAAGACCCUCUACCAACAACGAUGGUUGUCCAAAAAGCUUGUCCGAGCUUAUCACGGCGACUACAUUCCCGAAAAAAUCUUCAAACGGUGGUACCUACCACAACUUCUUCCUGACGUCCGGCCACGAAAACCUUCCGGCAGUUCGCCACAAGCUAUCGACCUUAGCAAGUGGGCCAAUCAGGAGGAACACGUUAGUAGGGAGUUGAAGAAGAGGGAGAGAGCGGCAGAGUUGAGUGCGGUUGGGAAGAAGGGGUUGGCACCGGUUGGGAGUUUGAUGUUCAUGGAGGUGGAGAGGCGGAUAGACGUGGUCGUGUUUCGAUGUUGUUUUGCGCAUAGCAUCUAUGAGGCAAGGAGGCUGGUCAUCCAUGGCAGGGUACUGCUCAACGGCAAAGUGCACCAAAAUGCCAACACCCGACUCGCCCCAGGCGACAUGAUCACCGUCGACCCAAAAGCAGUCCGCUUCAUCCAGCCUAAAUACGUCUACGAAUCCGAAGCAGCCCAAAAGGCAGCCGAUCGAGCCCAUUGGGAUGAAGUAGAGGAAGAGCUCAAAGCGAAGAAGGCCGAGCGUGACGCUCUGCGUGCACCUCUCGACGAGAAUGGCACCUCUUCUCUCGCUCGCGACUACCCCGAAGCCUCCACCACCGACUCCACCUCAGAAGCAACAUCUGCGGACUCCGAAUCCUCGUCCGAAUCAGACGUCGAGCCUUCAGAAUCGAAAUCGCAAACUCCUACAGAAUUCAAAUUCAAAUCCCACAAGGGGCUCACCCCAUUCAAACUCCCACCCUACGCCUCGCCUUUCAUCUUCAUCCCAGCCUACAUCGAACCCUCUUUCAAAACGUGCUCCGCCAUCUACCUGCGUCAUCCUACCGCACGUCCCGGAUACUCCGAGAUUCCGACGCCCUACCAUGCGGAUGGGGAGAUCGUCAGACUGGCUUGGGAGUGGUAUACGAGGGUGAGACCGAGGAUGCGGAGUAGGAGUCAGUUGGCAAGGAUGCCGGAGAAUAGGAGAGUCAUUGGAAGGGACGAGAAGACGGCCGUGGGGACGUUCUGAGCGGUGAUCAGACCUGCUGAGAGGGUUAUGACUGGCGGGGAUGCGAUGAGUGAGAAUCGGACGGCGGAGAGAAAGUGGCGGGAUGUGGCGAAGUGGCGCUGGUCGAGUUGAGUGGCGCCUGCGAGAGGUUGCUUUGGUCU